AUGAGUCAAGGAUACUACAUUGGGGUCGACGUAGGCACAGGCUCUGCACGAGCAGCCCUGCUCGACGAGGAUGGAAACAUCCUCGGAGAGUCUACUUAUGCAACCACCACCUUCCGAUCCGACAAGGACGCCCGGAUCUUCGAGCAGUCCACCACGGAGAUCUGGAAGUCAAUCACCUCUGCGGUCAAAGAUGUGGUCAAGCAGGCCGGUCUCAAGCCAGAGAAUAUCAAGGGGCUCGGGUUUGAUGCUACUUGCUCACUCGCCGUAACCGACUUUGAUGGCAACCCGAUGAGCGUCACACCCGAGCCAGAGGGCAAGUGGGGACAAGCGGAGCGGAACAUCAUCCUCUGGGCCGACCACAGGGCCGAGAAGGAGGCGGAGGAGAUCAAUGCUACCGGAAGCAUGGUUCUCAAUUAUGUCGGCAAGACCAUGUCGCUUGAAAUGGAGAUUCCUAAGGUGCUCUGGCUCAAGCGCCACAUGCCCGAAGAUCAAUUUCCGCGCUGCAUGUUCUUUGACCUACCCGAUUACCUGACGUACCGUGCAACAGGCUCGCUUGCCCGGUCCAACUGCUCUCUCGUAUGCAAAUGCUCGUACGUUCCACCGGGCGUCGACGGCUCGCAGCUCGGCUGGCAGCCAGAGUUUUUUGAAAAGAUCGGCCUGAUCGAGAUGGUGCAGAACGACUUCAAGCAGCUCGGCGGCAUCCCAGGUCGCAAUGGAAUGGUGCUGACUGCGGGGCAACCCGUCGGCGACGGCCUGUCAGAGGUGGCCGCCAAGGAGAUGGGCUUGCUCCCUGGUACACCCGUCGGAAGCGCUCUCAUUGAUGCGUAUGCAGGCUGGGUCGGUACCGUUGCUGCCCCUGCCACCAAUGCGCCAGAGGAGACCAAUACCAAUACCAAGACCGACUUGAUCAGCAGUCGGCAUCGCCUGGCAGCCAUCGCAGGCACGAGCACCUGCCACUGCGUGCAGUCGCCCGAAGGCAUCCUUGUGGAUGGCGUUUGGGGCCCGUACAAGCACGCCGUCUUCCCUGGGAUGUGGAUGAACGAAGGCGGACAAAGCUCAACAGGUCAGCUGAUCGACUUUAUAAUCGACACGCAUCCCGCCGUCGAGCGUGCCAAGCAGAUGGCGCACGAUGAGAAGAAGAACCUGUUUGUCCUGCUUGAAGACAUCCUGCGCAAUAUGCAAAAAGAGCAAAAUUUGCCCUCUCUCGCCCACCUUACCAAGGACUUCUACAUCUAUCCCGACUUCCAUGGCAACCGCUCGCCGCUUGCAGACAGCUCCAUGUGCGGCAUGAUCACCGGGCAACGUCUCGAUCGUGGUGUUUCCGACUUGGCGCUGCGGUACUUCGCGACGCUCGAGGCGAUCGCGCUGCAGACGCGGCACAUCAUGGACGAAAUGAAUGCGAAAGGCCACGAGAUCAACUCAAUCUACAUGUCUGGAGGGCAGGUCAAGAACCCGACGUUCAUGCAGCUCAUCUCGGACGCAUGUGGCGUACCCGUGCAGCUUCCUUUCAGCUCCAGCGCUUCCGUCGUGGCUGGCAGCGCCAUCCUGGGCAAGUUCGCAGCGGACGUAGCACGCCCGUAUGACAGCGGCGCGUAUGGCAAACACGCCCCAAAGCAGGGCGUCAAGAUCACCACGCAGGAUGAGGCGGAGAAGUAUUCUUACGAGUACAAGGACCAUCUGUGGGAAUUAAUGAUCCGCAUGAGCAAGCCAGGUAAGUUUGUGUUCCCCACAGAGGACAAGCGAAUGAAAGCGCUACUCGAUGCAAAGUACAAGAUCUUCCGGGAAGCCAUAGUGGUUCAGAGAAAGUGGAGGAAUAUAGUGAAGGAAGCAAUAGCAUCAUGA